AUGUACCUCACCAGCUUGGAUUCAUCCACUGUGACCAUGUGGCUCCUCUACCUGGAAACUCCCGACACUUCUAUCGACCUAUCCGACCCGAACCCGAAACCCCCGACUCCCCAAAUCCACACGCGACUUCACCCACCGCCCUUAUACCUCCAUCGACAAGCACAACAGCCGCCUCCAGUCCAACAACGCCUGGAAAACCGCCAGGGCCUCCUACGCUUUCCUCAUGAAGGUGCCCCAGGCCCGAAACCACCUCUCGAACGACUCGCAGACCCUGGUCAUCUCCGCAGGCUGGGCCACGCUGUGCUAGCUCUGCAGAUGGGCGUGGAGGACAUCACUGGGGUAGAGCUGGUGGACUCGCCGCCGCUGGUGAGCCGGGCGGAUCCUCACAAUCUACUCUUUCUUUACGGGAUUUUUUAUCUGGGUCUCGGGCUAUACCUUGAUCGGCCCUUUUUCCGAGCUGGCUCAUGGGGAAAAUGGAUAGGAUAG